UGAAUACGAGGCUAAUGGUAGAACCUGAUUUUGUAAGCUCCUGGUAUGAUAUGAUAGCACAAGCUGGCACUAACACGACAUUACUAUCCAUUGAGCAUGGCCUUGGUGAAACACCCUUGCUUGUUGACGUGCAAGUCUAUAAUGAUUUACAUGACAUUGUUUUUCCAGGGUCAGGUUGUCGUGCUAGAGAUGAUGAUCAGCCAGAAGGAUACGGCGGAAUAAUUUACAUUUACAACGAUGUUUACAUUGAAAUAAGUUCUCCGACGCAAUCAAAUGAAAAUCUUGGUCGCUGUAUAUACACAGGUUCUUCAUUUGGGGAAUGUAGACAGCAACUCAACUCAGAACUUUUUGUUGUGGGUACGGAUUUAGCCCCAAUGAAACUAUUAGAGUUUGGGCACCGAACGUCUGAAGCUGAAAUU